AUGUCCUUGCAGCGUCCCUUUAUGGCAAGCGCGGUUUUUGUCGCCUUACCUGGCCAACCGUCACCCGCAUUUCCACCCAUCCCCUCAUGCACUUUCACCCACAAUUGCAGUGGCCGCACCUUUGUGGGUCAAAUUAUGAAAACCGAUCUAUUCAACUUGGAACUGCAGGUGGAAGAAAUACUAUCAGUUUUCAAGAAUGAAAACGGCAGUACGAUGUUCAACAUCAAGUUCAAGGACCACCCAGACGUGCAACAGAUCGAAGCCAGCGUGGUCAACGUGCACAUUCCUCAAUUGGUUAUCCAGUUCUAUGUGGAAAGACUAACCUUCGAUACCAAUGCCACUAACACAAAAAGUGCCCAAAAAAGAAGAUCUGUUGGGGGGCAGAAUGAUUAUUAAUUAAAUUCAAUUAAAACGACACUCGAAACGAUGUGUUGGGGUCCUUAUCGA